AUGGACAGGGACAGGGACAAGUGUCAUCCCAAUCGACGUGGCCCGGUGCGUGUGAGCGCUUCACAACCGCAAUUGGGCUAUUCUAGCAACGGUGGCAGUGCGGGAGGUGCGCUGAUCAACAGCGGUGGCGGAAACAAGAGUAGUCUACGAAAGGAUGUCAUUAGCAGCAUCAGCGGCAGUACGGCCAACAACAAUGGCAGUGGCAGUGCAAUGCUAGCGAAGCAGCACGGCGGCACCUGUGAGCAGAGCACCCAAACACCCGAGUCCAUAAUGCGUGAGACAGGACGCCACAAGCUAAAAGCAUUUAAAUUCUCACUGAAUAAUGUUACGACGCCAGCGUUGAAUUUGCGCUUCCUGAAUAAUCGCAACAAACGCAAUAGCUUAUCCGCUAAUGCAGUAGCCACCGAACAGAAAGCGACCAAAGUGCUCGGUCUAGUCUUCUUCACAUUCGUUCUUUGCUGGUCGCCGUUUUUCAUUUUGAACAUAAUUUUCGCCGCUUGCCCCACCUGUCAAGUGCCCGAACAUGUUGUGGACACAUGCCUCUGGCUUGGUUAUGUUUCAUCAACCAUUAAUCCCAUUAUCUAUACAAUUUUCAAUCGAAUAUUUCGUGCGGCUUUCAUACGGCUACUAAAAUGCAAUUGCGAGCGGUAAGUGAACAAUACAAUGUUGAUUUUAUACUAAUGAAAUUCUAAUUAAGAAUGCUUAUUUCGCGGAAAAUGAAAAUCAGUUUAAAUUUGGUAUCGUGAAAUUGUCGAAUUUAUAGGUUUAUUUCAGUGGGAGUUUAUGUUGCAAUGCAUGAUUUAUUAAAUUUUUUUAUUUAUUUAUUCCGCUAAUUCUUACCAAAAAGCUUCG